AUGAUGAUGGAAGGAAUAGAUUUAAAUGACGAGGCGAGAACUUAUGAGCCUCUUGGAAGUACGGCAAGAAAUUUUGUCGACACUAGUCCCGAACACAAUCCAAACCCACCAAAAGAUCAUCGAAAUACGGUAUACUUUAGUUUUGUCGUAGCUGGAAUAGGUUUUGUCCUGCCUUAUAAUAGUUUCAUAAUUGCUAGCGAUUAUUGGAUCGAGAGGUUUCCAUCACGGACUGUUGAACUAGACUUAUCGACUACGUAUAUUGUUGUGGCGUUUGCAUCUGUUUUAUUGAAUAAUGUUUUCAUGUCCAUCGCUCCACUUCGUAUAAGGAUAUUAUUUGGUUAUUUAGUCGCACUCGUUACUCUAAGUUUUAUCGCCUUGUGUGAGGUGGCAUGGCAUGUAUUUUCAACUCAGAUAGCAUACAAUGUCAACUUGGCAGCUGUGAGCCUCGUCGCACUCGGAUGUACAGUUCAGCAAAGUUCCUUCUAUGGAUUUGCUGCUUUAUUGCCAAAGAAGAAAUUUACUCAAGCAUUAAUGACCGGCGAAAGUGUUGCUGGAUUAUUGGUCUCGUCAAAUAGAGUCAUAACAAAGUUACUUAUUGAAGAUGACAAAAUAUCGACAUUGAUUUUCUUCCUCCUUUCAAUAGCAUAUGUAGUCUGUAGCUAUAUUUUACAUGUUAUAACAAUCGACUCACCAUACAUCCGAUAUCAUUUAAAGUCAUGUACGAAAAUAAUUUUAAGACCUGACGAAGAGGCUGAUGGCUCAUCACUUUAUGGUGUUCUUAAUCUUGAAAAUACUCCACCCGUUACAGCUCAAUCACAUUCCGCUCCAACAUUAAGCUUUAGUAAUCCCGUUUAUGAGUUAUCUAAUCCAACAUGUGGUGGUGAUAUUAACAUAGAGUCUUCAUUAAUAAGAUCUGGUGAAUCGUCGAUGGUGUCAAGUAGAGCAAAUAGUGCCGUAACUGCAACAUUAAAUCAAGACUCGCUGUCAUCGCCAACUGGAAAUAUUUCAGGAACAGCAUAUAAAGUUGAGCACAUUUUGGCACCGGGACCGCCUCGUUUAAGCAACUUGAGGAGAAUUAAGGAAGGAUUCAAUGAUAGAAUUAAAGUUGCACGAUCAAUUUUUCCAUACAUGAUUUGUAUUGCCUUAGCAUACUGUGUCACAUUAAGUUUAUAUCCAGGACUUGAAUCGGAAAUCAUAUCAUGCAAUCUCAGAUCAUGGAUGCCUGUCUUACUCAUGUUUACAUUUAAUGCGGCUGAUGUAGUUGGAAAACUUUUGGCAGCUGUACGAUAUUCUUGGUCUCGUCGUCAAUUGGUAUUAAUGUCAACACUUCGCGCACUAUUAAUUCCACUCUUAUUGCUAUGCGUAGCUCCUCGAAAGAAUCCAACAAUUGGAGGCGAACUUCCUGCAUUUAUGUUUACAAUAGCAUUAGGAUUAUCGAAUGGAUUAGCUGGAUCUUUACCAAUGAUGUUAGCUUCAGAAAAAGUCUCAACUCCAUUAAAGGAAAUGACGGGUAAUAUAAUGACAAUUUCUUACAUGUCUGGAUUAACUGUUGGCUCUUUGAUGGGAUAUGUCUUUGAAAAUAUGCUUGGACCUCCAAUUACUUUUCCGUGUCUACAAUAUCCAUUCAUACCAAAAAAUCCAGAUGAAAUUGAUACAACAACUAUUGGAUCUACAACCUUACUAUCUUCAUCCACAACAACUCAGCUAAUAACAGUUCUAUCAACGUUGACUGCAACUUUAGUUCCACAAUCAUCCGAUAUUUCCUCCAUGGACCAUUUUACAUCCACAAUAGCUUCAAAUAUGAGCCUAUCAACAUCCACUGUUAAUGUGCAUUGA